UAUCAGCUAGUUUCCUUUUCAUCUCACAGCCCUGAUAGAAGCAGUUGUGGCCACAAAGCCGCCACCUAAUACUUGCAGGAUGAGACAGUUCGUUAGCUAUAUCCUGUUAGUGAUUCUUGUGACUUUAUAUCCGAAUGUUAGCGGCGAAGGAUUACGAGUGGACACAUCUGCAACUGGCUACUACAACGUCUACGUGAACGACAACUGGUGGAUCAGGGGGUCACAAGCGUUCUUCUUCGUCAAUGGCGACAAGUAUACCACUGAUGGAAGGCUUGGCCAAGUUGGAAACCUCACAUUAAGAAACUUUGAGAAUGACCAGGGAAAGGACAUGAUAGGGUUCUGGAAAAGAAUCACAUACAAUUAUUAUGCCAAUGACUUUCCCAUACAACUAACAAUCAAGAGUUACGUUGAAGGGGGUGUGCCGGCUGUGUUAUUCGGUCAGAAAUUCCUGAAGGACACACCAGGAACAAGGGCGCCACAAAAUGUGUCUGUCAUUGGAGGAUUCCCAAACUUCGAGUUCUUCUUCCCGUCAGUCGCAAACGUUGGGUAUCUUUCCUUUGGAGGAAGCUGGCUUGGAGACGAAGCGAAAUCAAUGUCAACGUACGAUGCUUCGAAUCCAAAUGGUAUAGACAUUCGUGACGGAUAUGAAGGGGGACCACUCUGCAUGUUCAAUCCUACCGGAAGUGCGUUAGUUAUCUCCCCUUUCAACCAGUUUAUGUCCGCGUCAACGUGGCUGGAUAACAGAGCGUUCUUCCAGGGAAGUGUUCACUGGGGCAUCAUGGGAACCGUUGACUUCAUCCCAGCUGGAUUUGAAUACCAGACAAUUGUGUAUUACGGCGAAGGAAUAAACAAUGCGUUUGAAGGAUGGGGAAAUCUCAUGAGGAAGUGGUAUGGAAAAACUGACUUGAGAAAAAGUGACUUCACCCUGAACCACAUGGGCUACUGGACAGACGAAGGCACGGCCUAUUACGAUGCUCCAGAGGAAGGUAAAGAUUACGAAGACACAAUUCUGGAACUGAAAGAAAGCCUGAAAGUGAAGAACGUACCCUACAAAUAUAUACAACUGGAUAACUGGCUCUAUCAGCGCGACGACAACAACGGCACGAUCUCCCUGACACCGAGGAACGACACAGUACCCGACGGUCUUACGUUUCUGCACGAUAAAACAGGACUAGGGAUUGUUCUUCAGAACGGGUUUUGGUCAAACAAAACGUCAUAUGCACAACAAAAUGGCGGCAAUUUCUCCUUCUUGAUCAGCGGGUCUUCUGCUAUUCCCCUUGGAGGCGACUUUUGGGAUUACCUCUUCUCUAAAGCCAAGGACUGGGGUCUGAAAGUAUACCAACAGGACUGGAUGAAGGAACAAGCGCUGUUGAUCAACGAGUUCCACACAAGCCUGACACUGGGCAGAAAAUGGUUGAUUGACAUGGGUCUGGCUGCUCAGAGAAAUGGCAUUACUAUCCAGUACAGCGGUGCUCUCCCCAGACACGCUCUACAGUCUCUGGAAAUACCCGCUGUCACCCAGGCGAGGGUGAGUCAGGAUUUUGGAAAGAGCAAGGAUCAGUGGAAGAUAGGAAUAACCUCGAUAUUUGCAAAUGCUCUUGGACUUGCUCCUUUCAAGGACAGCUUCAUCACAAACUACGAUGCUUACACGAACUCAUCUGGUACGAAGUUGGAGCUGGAGACUAUCGUGGCCACACUGAGUACGGGCAGUGUCGGCCUGGGAGACAAGAUCAACACGUCGUCCUUCAGUGCAGCAAGACGUUGCUGCAAUGCUGAUGGUCUGAUUCUUGGUCCAUCAAAACCAGCCACGGCCAUAGAUGCUCAGAUCAUGGAGGGGGCCUUCAACACCAGCACAGGACCCAAGGGGGAGGUGUGGACGACCUACAGCGUCAUCGGGAAAUACACAUUUGGAAUCCUCUUCGCUUCCCUGGAAGGUCGUCACAACUACACCAUGACAAUAUCGGAUCAGUUUGGCCCUGACUUUCCAGACAGCAAGCUGUACAGCCUUGGGGCACGUCACUACCUUAUCAGUGUUCAAAAAGGUUUCAAGAUCUCCCUCUGCUGUUCAUCUGUGCCCCGGUUUUUCACCAAUUACUACACAUCACCAGUCCUAACUGUCGGAGCCAAGAAAACAGAAGUCAUCAUCCUGGGAGAAUUGUGGAAACACGUGCCGAUGUCGCCUAGACGUGUAAAGAGCAUCAAUGUCACAGCCGAUGCCGUGUCUGUAACUGUGGUCGGCGUUCCAGGAGAGGACCUGACGUUCGUUUAUGCUGUCCAAGAGGAGUGGCGAUACAUUUACUGGACCUUUGACCAUACAAAGCAAGGUGUUCUCUCCCUCAACGUCUCAACGCAUUUUGUACCAACGACACCAGUACCGCCCACGACUACGCCGUCUGGUUCUGCUACGGUAUCAUGUCAGAUCGCAUAUUUAGCGCUGUUCAGCUUCAUGGUUAUCGUGAGAUCAUAUGCCAGUUUGUAACACAAUAAAAACAUGAACUUCUUUUU